CUUGCAAAGGAUCCAGGUUUGAUUCCUAGCACCUGCGUGGUGGCUCACAACUGUCUUUAAAUCCAGUUCUAGGGGAUUCAAUGCCCCCUUUUGGCCUCUGGACACCAGACACAUUAUACAUGGUACACAUACAUGCAUACACUUGCAAUAAGUCUAAAAAAUUAAAACAUAACUUAAUAGUAACUUGAAAUAGUAGAGAUUUUAUGUAUUAAACAGGUGCUGUGCUCUGGGGACAGAAAGAGUAUGUACCAUGUGUAAUGCUGGCCUGAUGGCUGAAUGUUGUCUCCUUUACCCUCUGGGGACCAGGGUCUAGGAACAGAGACAGCUUCACAACAGGGAUGUCACACAAUCAUGCUGGCCCACGUGGCUUAUACUAUACAAGGUUGAGGGAUCAGAGGUUAUGAAGUGCCAUCGUCAGGUUGAUGAUGCUUCCCAAGUUUUGAUGUCUUUGCUUUUUGUCAGCUGUGGUUUUUGUCCUGCACAUGUAGGAUUUAUGUACAGACACCUUUCUUAUCCGUGGUGUCUCCACUAGGCAUUGCCAGGCUGGGGGGUGCAAACCCUGUAUCCUUCCUAGGAGCUGUCUAUCCAGGCUGUUGUCCAGAGGCUGCCUUAUUUUGUUCUUCAUUGGGAACAUGAGUGUGAUGAACAGUCUUUGAUUUAAUUUCCAUCUUGUGAUGGAUGAUGUGAACUUCUCCAUUGUUGACUUGGGAUUCAUAGACAUUCUUUAAUAAGCUUUUUAAAAUCUGUUGUCCUUUUAAAGAAGCCACGUUAGUUAUUUUUGUAUUGAGAUUUGAACCUGUUCCUGGUAUCCUGGACAUCUGACCUUUAUCAGGUGUUUAUAGGGCUUGUUCAGCUUCCGAAAUGUCUGCUUUAGAACCGAAAGCUUUAGUGGAGUCUUCAAGGAGUUGAAGCUUCUUGCUCCCAUGGAGUCUAGUUUGUUGUCUUUCCUUUUGUUGAUAAUGCUUAUGGGCUUUUCAGAAACUCUGUGCUCUUUAAAGAUGUAUUCAGCAUAGGUUCCCUUGCUCCUUGCUUGACUGCCAGAAGGUAUACCCUUUUAUUGAAACUACACCUAUAUUUCACCUUAAUCAGUAUUGCCUUCAGUUCUUAAAGGAAGUUUGGACUUCAGAUAUGUUAAAUAUGAAAAGUGUAUCUCUUAGAAACAUUGUUAAGUUUUCUUCUCUUUGCCCUUCAGUCUGUAAUCUGAGGUUGUGACAGUUGCCUGAGGUUAUUGUAGGUCCUCACAAAUCCUUGAGCCUAGUCUUACUGACUGUUGGAAAUCGUUAGUAUCAUGUUGAAUGUGUGUGUCUGCUUUAUCUGACCCCAGUUGAAUAACUGUAUUAGUCAGGAGUGGAGUGGUUGUAUGUUUCCUAGAGCGAUUAUGAAACCACAGCUUUAGGGAGGACUGAGGCCAACCCUGGAUUGCUGGUGCCACAGUCCACUGUGUGCCUCCAUAGUGGAUCUAGUCUGCUUCCAUCUUGGCACGGGAGGAGUUGUGUGGUUUGUAUGCUCUGGGUCUCUGUAUUUUUAUGAGACUGGAGGCUUCCACAUACCCUCCAGCUAUUCCAGAGAACAAGUGUCACCCUUGUAAAAGUGACAGCUCUCCUUACUGCAAGUUGUUCUUAAUAUCCAAUCCCUGCUCCCCCUUCCUGCUUCUCCCGGACCUUUCUACCAUGUCUCCCUCUGUGCUGGCUAGUUCUGUGUUAGCUUGACAUAAACUAGAGUCAUCUGAAAGAAGGGAACCUCAACUGAGAAAAUGCCUCCCUAAGUUCUGGUGAAGCUAACAUUGCCGCAUGGCCUCUGUCUGCAUCAGCCCUGCCUCCAGGCUCCUGCUCUGACGUCCCUCAGUGAUGGACUGUGACCUGACGUAGAUACCGAACAAAGCCGUACUGCUGUAGUCUGUGUAGGUACUCAACAAAAGUGCUCACUUCCUUGAAAAAUCACGUGCAUCGUUACCACGAAGACGAGGCUGACCAGGAGCUGAUGAUCCCCUGCCCUAACUGCCCGUUUGCUUCGCAGCCCCGGGUGGUGGGCAAGCACUUCAGGAUGUUCCAUGCUCCUGCUCGCAAAGUCCAGAGCUACACGGUGAACAUUCUGGGUGAGGCGAAGACAUCAAGGAGUGACGUGAUAAGCUUCACAUGUUUAAAAUGUAACUUUUCCAACACCUUGUACUACAGCAUGAAGAAGCAUGUGCUGGUGGCCCAUUUCCAUUACUUAAUUAACUCCUACUUUGGUUUGAGAACCGAGGAAGCAGAGCAGCCAAAAGCAAGUGACCCUGUUUCCGUGGAUAAGAGCCUGCCAUUUGACAAAUACUACUGUAAAAAAUGCAGCGCUAUUGCCAGCAGUCAGGAUGCCCUAAUGUAUCACAUUUUGACAUCAGAUGCACAUAGGGACUUGGAGAACAAGCUGAGGUCUGUGAUUUCAGAACACAUCAAGAGGACUGGGUUUCUGAAGCAAAUGCAUAUCGCUCCGAAGCCAGUGACCCACUUGGCCUUACCGCCAAACAGCAGUGCUGGGAGCAUUGCAUCCCCUCCACCUUGCUUCCAGCUUGCUCUGCCACCGAACAGCCAGAGCCCUGGCACUGUGCAGCCAGCCACUGGGGCCCCAGGCACUUCUGGAAGCCUUACAAACUCCCCGCCCACCACUGCCCAGUCUCAUGUAGCUCUGGUCUCCAGCCCUUUGCCUGUAUGCCAGAGUAGCCUCACCCUGCAGCCCUCAGCUCCCCCACCCGUCUUUCUCCCUCACAGUGUUCCACUCAAUCAGCCUGUGAGGACUUCUGUGCUGCCUCUGACUCAGCCAGUUGGGCCUGUGAAUAAGUCUGUCGGAGCAAGCAUCCUUCCCAUGAAUCAAGGUGUCCGCCCUGGAGUUUUACCCCUCCCUCAGCCUGUGGGGCCCAUAAACAGACCCAUGGGGCCUGGGGUCUUGCCUGUGAGUCCCUCUGUCAAUUCAGGGGCUCUGCAGUCUGCCUCUCCAGGAGUAAUUUCUGUAGGUCGGGCAGUUCCGCCAGGAGUCCUUCCUGCAGGCCAGGGGACCCCUGCUGGAGUGAUUCCGGGGCAGACGGCCACUUCUGGUGUCCUCCCCACUGGCCAAGUGGUCCAGUCAUCAGUUCUUCCUGUUGGCCAGACAGCUCCAUCUCGAGUUCUCCCUCCUGGCCAGACAGUGCCCUUGAGGGUUCUCCCUACAGGCCAGGUGGUACCACCUGGGCUGCUUUCUUCAAACCAGACGGUCUCCUCAGCUGUUGUCCCUGUGAGUCAGGGUGUGAGCUCUGGUGUUCUUCAGCUCAGUCAGCCAGUAACACCAGGAGUCCUUCCUGUGGGCCCGCCUGUGAGGCCUGGUGUACUGCAGCUCAGUCCGUCUGUCAGCACCAGCAUCUUGCCUGUGAACCAGCCAGUGAGAGCUGGCACCUCACAAAACACUACUUUCCUUACGUCAGGCUCUAUUCUCAGACAGCUCAUUCCGACUGGGAAGCAGGUGAAUGGAAUCCCCACCUACACACUGGCCCCGGUGUCUGUCACUCUGCCCGUGUCCUCCGCUGGAGGCCUUGCAGCUGUUGCACCGCCUUCCCAGGUGCCAGUGCAGUUCUUGCCCUCAAGCUCGGGCACACCGUUGGCUAGCUCUUUGCCCAGCCUGCCCUCCCCACAGGUGCUAGUGAGCCCUGCCCCUAGUGUGUUUGUUCAGGCUACUUCACCGAUGGCAGAUGCAAGUCAGGCACUCAAACAGGCCAAGCAGUGGAAAACGUGCCCGGUCUGCAAUGAGCUCUUCCCUUCCAAUGUCUACCAGGUUCACAUGGAAGUGGCCCACAAGCAGAGUGAGUCUCAGCUCUGCCGGGUCUGCAAUGAGCUCUUUCCUGCUAACGUCUACCAGGUUCACAUGGAAAUGGCUCACAAGCAGACUGAGUCCAAGUCUGGUGAGAAACUGGAACCCGAAAAGCUUGCCGCAUGUGCCCCAUUUCUGAAGUGGAUGAGGGAGAAGACAGUGCGCUGCCUCUCUUGUAAGUGCCUGGUCUCACAGGAGGAGCUGAUGCACCAUUUGCUCAUGCAUGGCUUGGGGUGCCUGUUUUGUCCGUGCACUUUUCAUGAUGUCCGGGGCCUCGUGGAGCACAGCAGGACUAAGCACCUGGGCAAGAAGAGACUGUCUAUGGAUUAUAGUAACAGAGGUUUCCAGCUGGACCUGGAUGCUAAUGGGAACCUGCUGUUCCCCCAUCUCGAUUUCAUCACCAUACUGCCACGAGAGAAGCUCGGAGAGCGAGAGGUGUACCUGGCUAUCCUUGCUGGAAUACACUCCAAGUCACUGGUACCUGUGUAUGUUAAGGUGAGGCCUCAGCCUGAGGUUUCACCAAAGAUGCCUAGCAAACAGAAGCUGACCUGCCCCUUUUGUUUCAGCACAUUUAUGACUGCUGAUGCCUAUGAGCUACAUCUGAAGGAGAGGCACCAUGUCAUGCCCACAGUCCAUACAAUGCUCAGGUCUCCAGCCUUCAAGUGCAUCCACUGCUGUGGGGUCUACACUGGAAACAUGACUGUAGGAGCCAUCGCUGUCCAUUUGCUCCGUUGUAGAAGUGCUCCCAAGGACAGCAGCUCAGAUCUGCAGGCCCAGCCAGGCUUCAUUGAGAGCAGUGACCUGCUGUUGGUUAAUGGAGAGGUGAUCCCUGACUCCACCUUUCCUGUAAAGAGAAAGCUGCCAGAAGGCCCCCUGGGGGCAGAAGACCAGAGGGAUGGGGACAAGCCCCAGCUCACCCUAGACACCGAUGCAGUCCCAGGUCCGGACAGAGGGCUGAGCACUGUGCCUUUGAAGAGACAGAAGAACGAAAGCAGGACAGAGGGGUCUGGGACCAGUGAUGACUCUCUGCAGGUGUUAGCAUUGGAUCCCACUAAGUAUGGAAGCCGCCCCUACGAGGAAAAAAAACAGUUUCUUAGAGAUUAUUUCCAUAAGAGACCAUAUCCUAGUAGAAAAGAAGUGGAACUACUGUCUUCACUCUUGUGGGUGUGGAAAAUCGAUGUGGCUUCAUUUUUUGGGAAAAGAAGGUAUAUUUGCAUGAAAGCAAUAAAAACUCACAAGCCCUCUGUACUUCUAGGUUUUGAUAUGUCUGAACUAAAAAAUGUCAAACAUAGACUGAACUUUGAGUGUGAAUCACAAAGUCUAGAAGACUCGGUCUGAAGUCUGGCUGACUUGGAUGCCCCCCUGGCCUUGUUCUAAGUGUCUGAGGCCCUUCAAGGUGUUAAGCCAGAUGCUCAGAAAGCCUACUAAGGAAGCACACAGUUCCACACAAGUCCUGGUAGCUGCAGUUUGGUUUGCAACUGUUUGAGUUUUUCCCUCUGUCGUGUAAAUGACAUCUUUGGUAGUCCAUGCACGCCUUGUUUUCCCAGGAGUGUCAGUGUCUGUAGUAACUACCUGCAAUCUACAAAUACCUGGUUUUUUCAUUUUAGCAAAUUUCUGCUUGUUUAAGAGUACUUGAUUAAUAGAAAAUAAAAGCAUUGUGCAGCCUCAGUUUACAGACAGCAGCUAAUGUCCAUGUUUAGGGAAGUGAGUACUCUGAUGUAUAUGGUCCCUAAGGACAUACUUUUAAGCAUUAACUUCUGCUGAUUCUGUGAAUGCUGUUUGCUAAGAGUACAAAUUUGAUUUCCAUCCUUUUAGGUUUUCCCUGACAGCUAUUUUUUAAAUGUCAUAACUCAUAAAAAACCAAAUGUCUCCAUUUAUUAAAGAUAUCCUGAGCCCAAGGUCUGGUGUGUAGUGAAUUAUCAAGUGUUGCUUCAUAAAUAAAGUCUCUGUAGGAACAGAAAUGCUUUAUGGUGCAAACUGUCUUUUGCUGUGAUGGCAAGUCAUUCUGCCAUUCAAAGGUAAGACAAGUCUUUAGUGCCUUUAGAAUAAACUGAACAGACUGAGAAUGCGUCCUUCCUUGGGACUGCUGGUAAACUAGUGGGAAGGAAGGACCGUGAUACACAUGGGGUUCCUGCUCUUGCAUAUAGACACAGCUUGAGGUGGAGUGCAGGUUUCAGGCCUAAGGUGACGGGCAGACAGGAGCUCUCGUCUGCUUAGACUAGCUUGGGGUAGAUGUGUUAGAGUUGGAGAACAGGCUUUCCUCUGGCCCAUGUGUUCAGAUGACUGGGAUGUGGACUGAUGAAUUUUCAGUCCUGUGGAUGCCAAAUCUUGUGUUUUUCACAAUAUGAAAUAAUGUAAAGCACCAGAACUGGUAACGAGGACCAGCCAGCUCUGGUCAAAAUCAUCCCUCUGAGUGAUGCGCAGCAAGCAGAGGGGAUGAUGGCCUCUGGGAAGCACUGCAAUGUUGCUAUAUAGAGUUUUUAAAAUAUAAUACUUGCAUGUAAUUGCUCUACUGUGCAUUCUGAGGCAGUUGUGAUUAUUGGUGUACUCUUGUAAAUUCAGAGCUUGUUGGACUUUAUUUUUUUUUUAUUAUUUCCAGAGUGUCUAUUUUGAAUUAAAAUUUGUUAAACCACUGAAAA